UUAGGGCUCUUAACGCCUGGGAGCGAUCGAUCGAUCGAUCUGCGAGCUAGAGCGCGGCAUUUUGGAUCGCGCGCCGUCUGGGAUCUAGGAUUUCGAGGAGCUGCCAUGGGAUCAUGAGCAGGAGAGAUGGCUCCUGCUGGAGGCACCCUUCUCAACGCGCGGCUGGAGUGUGCGCCGACUGCCUCAAGGAGCGGCUCUCGGCGCUGAGCCCCUCGGCGGAGGCGCUGGUUCCACACAGGGCGUCCUACAGCGACAGGAGCUCGGCAUUCGGGUUUGUAGCGCUAGAUAGGAGGAAUGCCGCGGCUAGCCGGCCAGGGAUCGCGGAUUAUGGAGGCCAGCGCCAGCAGCAGCUCGUCUCACCGCUACUCUCGGAUGCCUACUUGCGGAGGUCCAAAUCUUGGUCGCAUUGGGAGGGAAGUGGCGGCGGCGGCGGCGGCGUCGUCAUGGGCGGCGCCUCCAACGCCGCCCGGGGGAACAACCUUCCCUUCGGCAACGGGAAUGGAUUCGCCGGGAGGAAGUCCGAUGCCGUUCUUGACGACUGGACCCGGCAGAGGUUCUUCUCGAUCUUCGCCAAGGACCAGAGCCAGCAGAAGAAAUCGUCGUCGGCUUGCGCCAGCAACAACAGGAGCACGCCGCAGCGCUUCUAUGGCGGCGCUCCACCGCUCGCGUCUGGGAUGAGGAGCGGCGGCGGCGGCGGCCAUCGCUGCCUCGCUUCUUCCAAGGUAGACUAUCAAGGUGAGGGUCUUAGUUCUAGCGCAGCAGCUGGGUUAGAGAAUGGGAACUCCUCGUCCGCCAAGAAGACUUCGUCACGUAAGUCAUCCGCAUGGUGGUCUUCGCUGGUGACAACUUUCAGGAAAUCCAAGCCAAGGCCUUCUCCCGAGACCGAGCCAGCAGUAAGCAAGAAGAAAUCCACGAGCACCGGCAGCAGCAGCCUGGCCGGCUAUUUCAACCGGGCGAGGAAAGAAGAAGCCAAGUAUGUGAACUUGGCAAAGGGUCGAGCUUCCCAGCAUAGCCCAAACUGGAAGCAGCAGCACCCACAACAACAACAGCAGCAGCAGCAGCACAGCAAUCCAUCGUGGAUCUCAUCGCCACUGCGAAUUUUCAAGCACGGUGCGAGCUCUAACCACGGCAAGGCCAAGAAGGACGCGGCCAACCCGAUCAGCUCGUCUUCCUCGCAGCAAGCUUGCGACGCUCACCUCCACCAACAAAACCAACAACACCAGCAGGAAAACACCGUCGACAGGCACUCGAGCUCCGAAAAGCCGAGCUCCUGGAGCAUUCCAUCGUCGGUGGAGCUGAAGAAGCUCCAGGCGGCGACGCCGGCCUACACGGCCUACUACAGGGACUACGGCGCGUGGAGCUUGUCGUCGAGCCCGGUACCGCACAACAGGUGGGGCAACGCUAAUAACUGCGCUACGAGGGGAAAGCAGCCGUGGGAGAAUCGAGACGUUGUCGCCCACUCUGCGUCGUCACCGUACCACCGACUGGGCAGCAGCACUUGGAACUUUUACUUGACGCCGCUACGGCCUGCCAAAGCGAAGGCCGCCGGCAUCGCCACCACCACCACCACCACCACCGCCAGCAGCGCUUCAAAACAACAGAACAACAGGCAGUAGCAGCAAGCAGGCGACGCGCGACAAGUGCUUUGCUCGCUCGUCUUUUUCUUCUCGGGCCACAGAGAGCGAUGCGAGAGCGAGGGAGGUCUGGUCGAAAGAGAAGAGAUCUGGUCGAAAGCUCAGCGCGGGGGUCCUUGUAGGCAGAGAGGAUUUGGAGCAAAGGAAGCAGCCAGCAGUGGCAGUUCUCUAAGAGUGCGAAAAGGCUGGAAGAGAAAGAAGCGAGGGAUGAAAGUAUAAAGAGGCAAGAGGGACGAGCUCGUCCUCUCUCUGGUCGCUCAGCAGGUCUCUCAGGUCUCUCAGGCCUCUCAGGCCUGGCGGUGGAAUGGAUGGAUGGAUGGAUUGAUGGACGAACAGCAUUUAAUCUGCGCCUGGCAGCAGGGUGGUGGUGGUGGUGGUGGUGGUGGUGGGAUUUGGCAUCUCAUGGCAGUUGCAGUGAAGACAAAUGUUUCAAAGGUGGACACAGAAAGAAAGAGAAAUGUUUAUUGUCAUGAGAUGCUUGGAGAGUUUUUUGACGAGACUGCAUGCGUCAUAAAUGCCAAACAAGGGUAUUUGCAGCCUCCUAUAGCAAUUGAGGAAGGUAGGUGGUGAAAUACAUGAGUAGAUCAUAAUGCAUUCGUUGCAUUGUGGUCUCAUGGGUCUCUGGAGAACACGUAUUAUUACUAAAAUGUAGUUUCUCACAUUACCAAUAUUGCCAAGGGCAUAAAUUUGAAA